GUCCCUCCCCUCGCCGGAUCGCAAGACGUACAACGCGCUGGAGGCGCCGUACCUGCCGCUGGAGGCGUCCCAGAUCGAUGAAGACGGACACCGCCGUUACCGCAGCAGGCCGCACCAAGACGCAGGCGAGCACGAAGGCGCUCUUGCUGUGGUGCAGGAGGCGGAAGAGGAGUGCGAGGUUGCCGAGGUGCUGACCACCGUGGUCAUACGCAACAUGCCGCAGGCGUACACCCGCGACAUGUUCCUGGAGCUGCUGGACUCCGAAGGGUUCCAGAACCAGUACGACUUCAUUUAUGUCCCUCUCGAUUUCGGCCUGCAUUGCAGUUUCGGGUAUGCCUUCGUCAACAUGGUCUCGCCGCAGGCCGCGCAGAAGUUCCACGAGGUCUUCGCCGGCUACUCCCGGUGGGCCGUGCCGUGGGGCCAGGAGGCGGAGGUGGGCUGGGCCACGCUGCAGGGGCUCGAGAAGCACGUGGAGAAGUACCGCAACAGCCCCGUUAUGCACGAGAGCGUCGGCCACGAGGCGAGGCCCAUCCUCAUGCAGGACGGCAAGCGCGUGCCGUUUCCGCCGCCGACCAAGAAGAUUGGCCUCGUGAAGCGCCUCCGCACCCGGCGCCGCAGCACCGACGCCGACGCUGGCGAUGCCGUGGCUCCGACGCCUGACUGGGACUACCAGGACACCGACGAGGAGCUGCAGCCCACCACGUCGCCGACUAGGAACAAGGACAAGGCGCACCUCGGCGGCGGCGGCCGCCCGCUGAACAUGGCGCAGAGCCCGCUGCUGGCCGGCCUCUACGCCAUGCCGGCCCCGCGCCACGGCCGGCCGCAGGACCACCACGGCGCCCGCCCGGGCCACCGGAAGCCGGCGCAGAAGGCGGCGACCGAGCAGCAGGGCGGGCGGCGCCCCGAGAAGGGCCACGACCCCGUGCGCUUCGGCCCCCCGGGGCGCUUCAGCCGCACGCAGACAGGCCCGCUGUCGACUUCGUCGGGCUACGAGACGCCCAGCGUGCACAGCGACGCCUCCUCCCGCGUGUCGAACUGGCGCUUCGCCGGGCAGCAGGGCCCGGGGUCGCACUCGGACAUCGACAACUGCAGCGACGCCUCCACCCGCGUGCCGACGAGCCCACAUCGCAGGGGCCGCAGCGACAUCAGCAAGCAGCUCAGCAGCAGCGGAGGCGGCCACAGCAAGCACGCCAAGGAGUACAAGCACUCGCUGCUGGCGGACGGCCUGGUGCCGGAGACGCAGACCUCGCGCCCGCUGCCCUGGUCGCCGCCGUGCAGCACGCAGCCCUGCUGGGCGAGCCAGCGUGGUCGGGCCCCUGCCUUGGCCUAG